CAAAGUCCCUGAUGGCCGCUGAGGGAUGCACUGGGCCUUCGUGGCUGCAGCAGCUCGGGCUGCUGCUGCUGCUGGCGCGGUGCGGUGCCCGGUGGAGCGGGCCGGGCACCAGCCUGCACCUAGAGACCAUCUUCCUAGGUCGCUGCGCCGAGUACAGCACGCUGCUCAGCCUCCAGCCCGGGACCAAGAACUGCACUGCUAUCUGGGAAGCCUUUAAGGUGGUGCUGGGCAAGGAUCCCUGCUCAGUGUUUCCCUCGGACUAUGAUCUUUUCAUUAACCUGUCCAGACACUCCAUUCCCAGAGACAAGUCCCUGUUCUGGGAAAACAACCAUCUCCUGGUUACCAGCUAUGCAGAUAAUACCCGUCGCUUUCUUCCCCUGAGUGAUGUUCUAUAUGGUAGGGUUGGAGAUUUCUUGACCUGGUGUCGACAAGAAAAUGCAUCUGGACUUGACUACCAGUCCUGCCCCACAUCAGAAGACUGUGAAAACAAUGCUGUUGACUCCUAUUGGAAAAGGGCAUCCAUGCAGUAUUCAAGAGAUAGUUCUGGGUUAAUCUACGUCAUGUUGAAUGGUUCAGAGCCAACUGGAGCCUAUCCUGUGAAGGGGUUUUUUGCAGAUUUUGAAAUUCCAUACUUCCAAAAAGAUAAAAUUACAAGAAUUGAGAUCUGGGUCAUGCAUGAAAUCGGGGGACCCAAUAUAGAAUCCUGUGGAGAAGGCAGUGUGAAAAUCCUGGAAGACAGACUGGAGGCCAUGGGGUUCCAGUACAGCUGUAUUAACAACUACCUGCCAGUGAAGCUUUUGAAGUGCGUAGACUACAGCAUGCACCCUGACUGUGCCUUAAAUGUAGCAGCCACAUCUCUUGAUAUGGACCAGAGUGCCAGCCUUAUCAUUCCUCUUUUAGUGGCAUUGGCUUCAGGUUCUCAAAUGUAACAAGAAACACAAUGGUGCUGUUGUAACAACAUGCAGACCCUUACAUACUAAAUGAAUAGUGAGUAUUCCAUUGUCUAAAGCAGUCCUUUAGGAAAACUGUCCUAAGAUGGCAUUCUGACAUUUGUGCUCAGGGCACAGGAAACAAGGCCCAGAGUGAGGUGAGAUCUGCUAGCACAGAAUUUACAUCACUAUUUCCUUAUGUUUAAAAUAGCACAAGACAUUUCAACAUGCCCCGGUAUAAAAUACAAUCUUAUAUAAUCAAACAUAGUUAGAAAAUUCUAAGAGUGGAAUUUUAUAUUUUGUACAUUUCCUCUGUCUCCCUCAGUGUAAAAUGCACAUACAUGUAUACUGUAUAAAGGUAUGCAACGUAUAUGAUAUACAAAGAUUUAUAUCUCAAGAUGUUCAAAUUACUGGUUACUUGUGGUAAAGGAACAACACAAAAUGCCAAAUAUUUACAUAUUUUACUGGGACUUUUUAGACAAGCUACAUAAGUUUAGUAUACCUAUAGGAUGAACUCUCUGUUAACAAGUAAGAGUAAUCUUUACCAGCUCAAGUGUCCUUGGACUACAGAAUGAAUAAGUUACCUGUACGCUGGUUCAGCAAGAAAAGAAGCACUUACUGGUGCAUGACAUGGUGUGGCUGAAACACUGGUGCAUUCUGCUAAGGGAAAGAAGCUAGACCAAAUGACCACACACUGCAGGACUAGGCUAUGGCAUCUGGGGGAGAUGAGUGGUUUGGGGGAGUGCAGAGGGAUGCCUCAAGCCUAGAGGGAAAGGCUAAGUAAAAGGGGCAGUGAGAGGCAGUGGAAGGACCACUCUGCAUAUGGACCAAGAUGGUUGUUACCUGGAUCUGUAUUUCUCAAGGUUCUUAGAGCGACAUUAUCUAAAGAAUAAUCCUCUGUAUGUUAAUUUAAAAACAUGUGUCUCCAUAGAGCAUUUAAUCAUAUAAGGAAAUAUCAAUGCUAAGUCCAAGAGAGAGGAUUAAAAAAGUUUGCCAUAUAAUGCAAUUGUCUGAUAUAUAAUAAGAAGUUAAUAAUUGAUAUAAUUAUUAUAUCAUUAAUUUGUAUUUGUGAUAUAUAUGUAUACAUAUAUUGUAAACAAAUGAAAGAAAAUAAACAAAAAAAUGGGCAAUUAUCUCUGAAGAGAGAACUUA